CCGUCUCGUGAAUUCCGCUCCUGCCAUCAGCUGCUGCCGAACAUUGUUUACUGUACUUUUCCCCCGAUUCGGAGCACAUCUGCGCAAACUUACGCGGCAAGAUAGAUACCGCGGAGCUCGAAGUGAAGAACUCGGCUCCGGUUUUCACGAAGAUUUCGCCAGCUCCGACAUGACGAAAAAUCGCCCGGAAGCGAUGUUCGAGCUCGAAUCUCAAUUCGUGCUUCGUGUUCCGCCUGAAGUAGCCGGAGACCUCCGCGAAGCGGUUCGUCAGGGGAAUAGCAACCUGAAAGACCGACUCGCCAUAAAACUCGAGAGUGAUAAUCGUGUUGGGAGCGUAAGGUUCGAUUCAUGGCUUCUCCCCGCCCGGGUCUACGACUUACCAUGCGUGAUCGAGUCGCACAAAACUCUGGAUAGGAAGACUUUCUACAAAACUGCGGAUAUCUCCCAGAUAAUGAUUUGUUAUGAGCCCGGACAAGAACCGAAGUCAGAAGACGAAGCUCCUUUGCGUAAGAGGAAGGACGCUCUGACCAAGAAAUAUCUCUAUCCUCAUGGGAUCACCCCUCCGUUGAAGAAUGUCCGCAAGAGACGUUUCCGUAAGACGCUACAAAAAAAAAUCAUCGAUUUCCCGGAAAUCGAGAAGGAAGUCAAGCGCCUGUUCAGAGAGGACAAUGAAGCUGAAAGCGUGCGGUAUGAAGUCAUACGUGCUGAAGAUGAAAUGAAAGCUGAUGGCAAAGGAGCAAUUGAGGUGACCAAUCAUCCAGGACCUGAUCACCAGGGUCCGAGCGGCCUAGGCGAUCAGACCAUGGACGUCGGUGAGCACGAUCUCUUUGGAGAACCCCUGUCGUCUUCUGACGAGGAGGGAGAGCAGCUGAAUGUCAAUGUCGACUCCACCGAUGAUUCGAGGAGUCCCCUGAAAAAGACGAAGAGCAGCGAUGCGAAGGACCUCGUCACACAAUUCUCUCAAGCCUCUGAAUUCUCGGAUAUGCUCAAUGAGAACAUGGGCGAGGAAAGCAACAUGUCUGCGCCGGGACCUUCGAGUUUGCAGCAGGGAUACGAGGAAGAAGCUGAAGCUGCUCGCGCUCUCGAAAGCGACUUCCCCAAGGACGACGAGGUGUCACAGAAUACUGCCUAUCAUGAGAGACUCGCAGAACUGGAUCGGGACAUGAUCCGACUGACGGAACAACGCCGUCAGCAGGAGUCUGAGAUCGCCAAUAUCGAGAACAUGGCUCUGCGGCAGAGAUUCCAGUCACUCUUACAGAAUAUCAAGCUCGAACAGGCUGAGAAGCAACGAGAGUACGAUAAUAUCGUUCAACUUCUACACCAGUGA